AUGACACCUAUGGACAUGUUAGCAACAACAGCCUUGUCUCUGUUUUUACUCUGUUUCGUCUUCUUCUUUUUCACCGCCCGAAAAUUCUGUUCCGGCGAUGGAGCAGUCAAAAUCCCGCCUGGUCCUCCAAGGCUACCUCUUCUUGGUAACAUCUUUCAAAUCGGUGAAAAGCCUCACCGUUCAUUUUUCGAUCUCUCGAGGAUUUACGGAAGCGUAAUGAGUCUUAAACUUGGUUGUUUGACCACGGUGGUCAUAUCGUCACCGGAAGCAGCAAAACAAGUGCUGAAAACACAUGACCUUGCCUUGUGUUAUCGAAUCUCCACUGACCCGGUUCGAGCCGCUGGUCACCACGAGCGUUCCUUUGUCUGGCUACCUCCGUUUGCUCGUUGGAGGUUUCUAAGAAAGAUCACGACAAACCAACUAUCCUCAACGCGGCGUUUAGAAGCAACCAAGGACUUAAGGUCGAGCAAGGUGCAAGAACUUAUGAGCUUCGUUAACAAAUGCUGCGAGAGAAGCGAAGCUGUGAACAUCGCUCGCGCAUCAUUCAUCACAUCACUCAAUAUAAUCUCGAACGCUCUGUUUUCCACAAACCUCGCCGACUUUGAUGACUCCGAGACUACUCGCGAGUUCCAUAACGUGGACUUGUUUCUGGCGGGAACAGACACGAGUUCGAGUGCAGUGGAAUGGGCUAUGGCAGAGUUACUUCGAAACCCUAAGAUGAUAGUGAAAGCUCAAGAAGAGAUAGGACAAGUGAUAGGAGAAAACGACACCGUUCAUGAAUCGGAUAUCAUCAAACUACCUUAUCUAAACGCAGUAGUGAAAGAGACUCUUCGUUUGCACCCUCCCGCCCCGUUUCUCAUCCCUCGAAAAUCCGAGUCUGAAGAUGUCCGAAUUUUCGAGUUCCUCAUUCCUAAGAGUACUCAGGCAUGUCCACGUUACAUGUUAAGUUUUCGAUGCAUAACAACUAAACCGAAUAUAUCUGUUCUUGUCAACAUAUGGGCGAUAGGAAGAGAUCCGAGCGUGUGGGAGAAUCCAACUGCGUUCGAGCCAGAGAGGUUUUUGGGAACAGAGAUCGAUGUGAAAGGCAAUGAUUUUGAGCUGAUCCCGUUCGGAGCUGGACGAAGGAUUUGCCCAGGAUUGCCACUUGGCUUUAUGAUAGUGCAUCUAGUUCUUGCGUCUCUUCUCUACGGAUUUGACUGGAAGUAUCAGAACGGCGUCGUUCCUGAAAAUGUCGAUAUGAGCGAGGCCUUUGGUGUUACCUUGCACAAGGCCGAACCAAUAUGUGCCUUGCCUAUCAAGAAGCGUGUAAAGGAAUGUGCUCCAGCUCUACUCUUAAUACUUAGCUUCCUUUUAACAUAUCUUCUCUUUGCCGCCGUCAAAUCACGACGGAGAUCAUCAAGCCCACUGACUCCGGAACCUCCGGGACCGCCAAGACCUCUGGGAUGGCCCAUCAUCGGACUUCUCCAUAUCAUCGAAAAAGCUCCUCACCGUUCGCUUGCUAAUCUCUCGAGACUUUAUGGACCAGUAAUGAGUCUCAGACUUGGAAGUUUAACCACAGUGAUCAUUUCUUCACCAGAGGCAGCACGAGAGGUUCUAAAAACGCUUGACCAUGUCUUCUCUGCACAAACCUUCAGCGAAACCGUUCGAGCCAUCAAUCAUCAGGAUCACUUUGGUUCGCGAGACUCUGUUUCGCUGGACUCUGUUUCGCAAAGCCAGAUACAUCCCGAUCCUCUAUCUGUUGAUAAACGGUUUCGUCCGAUUUAUAAUCCACUCAUGUUAUGGAGGAAGAUUUUGGAGACUCAGCUGUUCUCAAGGAAGUGUCUCAAAGCCACCAAGACCGUACGGUCGAAGAAAGUGAAAGAACUUAUAACAUACAUGGUCGAAAGCAGCGAAAGAGGAGAAUCCGUCGAGAUUGCUCGUGCUUGCUUCGUCACGUCUCUUAAUGUAAUCUCAAACGUUGUGUUUUCGACCGACUUGGGUAGUUACGACCCUAGAGCCUCCGUUGAGCUCCGGGACUCGUUGUUUUGUAUAAUGGAAAUCAUGGCGAAACCGAACCUCGCAAACUAUUUUCCGUCUCUAGGGUUUCUUGAUCUACAAGGUAUCAGGAAAGAUAUGAAGGUGUGUUCAGAGAGGUUGUUUAGGGUUUUUCAAGGGCUCAUUGAUGCUCGGAUGACGGAGAGACGAUCGCAGACUGGACCUAGAGAUGAAUAUAACAGCGAUCUGUUGGAUUCACUUAUCGAUCUUAUUCAAGAAGACGGAUCUGAAGUCGAUAUGAACGAUAUCAAGCACUUUCUAUACGACUUGUUUAUUUCGGGGACGGAGACGAACUCAACCACGGUAGAAUGGGCAAUGGUUGAGCUAUUACGUAACCCAGAAGCUAUGGCUAACGCUAAAGUCGAGAUCAACUUUAUUGUUGGCCCAAACCGUUACGUUCGUGACUCCGAUCUCUUAGAUUUUCCCUAUUUACAAGCUGUUGUAACAGAGACUAUCCGUUUGCACCCACCGAGUCCAUUUCUGAUCCCACGCAAAGCUGCGUCAGACACAGAGGUUUUAGGGUUCCUCGUUCCUGAAAAUUCUCAGAUUCUGGUUAACGCUUGGGCUAUAGGACGAGACCCGAGCGUUUGGGAAAACGCGGAACGGUUCGAGCCAGAGAGAUUCUUGGGACGGGACAUUGGGUCGAUAGGUAAGGAUCUUGAAAUGAUACCGUUUGGAGCUGGACGAAGGAUGUGCCCUGGAAUAUCACUGGCGUUGAGGAUUGUGCCUCACAUGCUUGCUUCACUUAUCUAUUCGUUCGAAUGGACUCUUGAAAACGAAAAAAACUACGUCGUUCCUGCGGAUUUGGACAUGAACGAGACUUUCGGUCUUACCUUGCACAAGACCAACCCACUUUAUUCUGAUUUCGUCAAGAAAUCGCCUCGGCACGGAGCGGAUAUUCGGAAUUUGAGUGAUAUCCGUGAUCCGCUCUGCUCCUCUCUUACAGGCUUGUUAUGGAGGAAGAUAUCAGCGAGUCGCAUGUUCUCCCCGCAGCGUCUCGAAGCCACGAAGUCCGUGCGGAUGAAGAAAGUGAAUGAACUUUUAACCUUUAUGAGCGACAGAUGCGAAAGAGGAGAACCCGUCGACAUUGCUCGUGCCUCUUUCGUCACAUCCAUCAAUCUAAUCUCAAACGCUAUGUUUUCGACCGACUUGAGUAGUUACGACCCGAGAGCCUCCCUGGAGCUCCAAGACUCGGUGGUUCGUAUAAUGAAAACCGUCGGGAAACCAAACCUCGCCAACUAUUUCCCGUUUAUUGGGUUUCUUGAUCUGCAAGGUAUCCGGAAAGAGAUGAAAGUUUUUCAAGGGUUCAUCGAUGGUCGGAACAGUGAGAAAUCGUCGCGGCCUGAAAACGAUCUCUUGGAUUUGCUUAUGGAUUUAGUCAAACAGAACGGAUCUGAGCUCAACGUGAACGAUAUCAAACACUUUCUAUUAGACUUGUUUAUUGGAGGGGUGGAUACGAACUCCAGCACAGUGGAAUGGGCAAUGGCUGAGCUACUUCGCAACCCUAAGACAAUGGCUAAAGCUCAAGCAGAGAUGGACGAUGUGGUAGGUCCAAACGGUGUGGUUCAGGAGUCGGAUACAUCACAUCUUCCUUAUUUACAAGCGUUAGUGAAAGAGACUCUGCGUUUACACCCACCGGGUCCAUUUCUGGCCCCACAUCAAGCCGAGUCAAACGCAGAGGUUUUAGGGUUUCUCGUGCCUAAGAAUGCUCAGGUUUUGGUGAACGUUUGGGCUAUAGGACGAGACUCGAGGGCGUGGGAAAACGCAGAGCGGUUCGAGCCAGAUAGGUUUUUGUUUGGGCGAGAAAUCGAUUUGAAAGGUAGAGAUUUCGAGCUGAUACCGUUUGGGGCUGGACGAAGAAUAUGUCCUGGAAUGUCUCUGGCUAUGAGGACAGUGCCUUUCAUUCUUGCUUCUCUUCUUCAUUCCUUUCAAUGGAAACUACAAAACGGUGUCGUCCCUGAGGAUGUAGACAUGGAAGAGACCUUCGGUAGUACCUUGCAUAAGAAAAACCCACUUCAUGCCGUCCCUGUCAAGAAACGUGCGAGUGGUUAG